GAGUCAGGACAGGAAGGAUUCAGAGGAGACGUGUGAUGUCUUUAAAAAUGCUGGUGAAGUUACAGGAGGAGGGGAACUGUUCCAUCUGCCUGGAGCUUUUGACAAAACCUCUGAGUUUGAGUUGUGGCCAUAGCUUCUGCCAAACCUGCAUCACUGGAAACAAGGAGGCAAAGAUGAACCCAGGAGGGGAGAGCAGCUGUCCUGUGUGUGGUGUCAAAUACUCCUUUGGAGACCUGCGGCCAAAUCAGCAUCUGGGCAACAUAGUGGAGCAUUUCAGAGAACUCAAGUUGAGCCUGAGCAAGGAAGAGCUGAAGAGCGAUCUCUGUGAGCGCCAUGGAGAGAAAUUGCUGUUUUUCUGCAAGGAAGAUAGGAAGGUCAUUUGUUGGCUUUGUGAGCGGUCUAAAGAUCAUCGUGGCCACCACACUUUCUUUAUGGAAGAGGUAGUCAAGGAAUGUCAGGAGAAACUCCAGGCAGCUCUGAAGAGGCUAAGGAAGGAGCAGCAGGUUGCUGAGAAACUGGAAGUUGACAUCAGAGAAGAGAAAAUUUCCUGGAAGUAUCAGAUACAGAUGGAGAGACAAAGGAUACACACAGAAUUUAAUCAGCUUAGGAGCAUCCUGGACUGUGAGGAACAAAGAGAGCUGCAAAAAUUGGAGGAAGAGGAGAAGAAGACAUUGGAUAACUUAGCUGAGGCUGAGGCUGAGCUGGCGCAGCAGAGCCAGCUGCUGAAAGAGCUCAUCUCAGAUCUGGAGCGUCGCAGAGAAUGGUCAGAGAAGGAGUUGCUGCAGGACAUGAGUGGAAUCAUGAAAUGGAGUGAGAUCUGGACACUAAAGAAGCCAAAAACUGUUUCCAAGAAACUGAAGAGUGUAUUCCGUGCUCCAGAUCUGAGUGGGAUGUUGGAAAUGUUUAGAGAGCUAACACAUGUCCAGUGCUACUGGGUGGACAUUACACUGAAUCCAGUGAAUCUGAAUUUGAAUCUUGACCUUUCAGAAGAUCAGAGACAAGUGAUACCUGUGCCAAUUUGGCCUAUGAAGCAUCAUAAUUAUGGUAUCGUGAGCUCCCAAUACUUCUUCUCAGGGAAAUAUUAUUGGGAAGUAGAUGUGUCCAAGAAGACUGCUUGGCUCCUGGGGGUGUACUCUGGGACACGCGCCCAUGAUGUCAAGUUUGGUGUUAGACAAAACACAAAUCAUCCAAGUGUUUACUUCAGAUACAGACCUCGAUUUGGCUACUGGGUGAUAGGGUUACAGAACCAGUGUGAGUACAGUGCUUUUGAGGACUCUGCCACCUCUGACCCCAAGGUCUUGACUCUUUCUGUACCUGUUCAUCCUCGUCACAUUGGGGUGUUCCUAGACUAUGAGGCAGGCAUUGUCUCGUUUUUCAAUGUCACAAAUCAUGGGUCACUCAUCUACAAGUUCUCUAAAUGUUGCUUUUCUCAGGCUGCGUAUCCAUAUUUCAAUCCCUGGGACUGUCCAGCUCCCAUGACCUUGUGCCCACCAAGCUUCUCAAGAGCAAUGGCUAUGGCAUCAAAAAUCUUAGUGAAUAUCAAGGAGGAGGUGACCUGCCCCAUCUGCCUGGACCUCUUGAAAGAGCCCCUAAGCCUAGACUGUGGCCACAGCUUCUGCCGAGCCUGCAUCACUGCAAACAACAAGGAGUCCGCGGCAACCCAGGAAGAGAAGAGCAGCUGCCCUGUGUGCAGAAUCAGUUACGAGCCUGGGCACCUGCGGCCUAAUCGGCAUCUGGCCAACAUAGUGGAGCAACUCAGAGGAGUCAAGUUGAGCCCAGAGGAGGAGCAGAAGAAAGAGCUCUGUGUGCGCCAUGGAGAGAAACUCCUGCUCUUCUGUAAGCAGGAUGAGAAUGUCAUUUGCCCUAUUUGUGAGCGGUCUCAGGAGCACCGUGGUCACCAGACCUUCCUCAUUGAGGAGAUUGUCCAGGAGUACCAGGACAAGUUCCAGGGCGCCCUGGAGCAGAUGUGGGAAAAGCUGCAGAAAGCUGGACAUUUGGAAGCUCAAGUCAAAGAAAGGACAACUUCCUGGAAGAAUCAAAUUCAAAAGGACAGACAAGGUGUCCAGGCAGAGUUUGCAAAGCUGAGAGGUCUUAUGGACUUGGCAGAGCAGACGGAGCUGCAACAACUGAAUAUGGAGGAAGAAGUCAUUCUCCAUAAACUGGCAGAGGAUGAAAAUGAACUCAUUCAGCAGAGCCAGUUGAUAGAAGAUCUCAUCUCAGAUCUGGAGCAUCGAUUGCAAGUGUCAAAUGUAGAGAAGCUGCAGAAUGUGACUGACAUCAUGCAAAGGUGUUGGGAUUUCACUCUGAAGGAGCCAAAAAGUUUUCACGAACAACCAAGACGUGUGUACCAAGCUCCGGAUCUGAGAGGGAUGCUGCGAGGGCUUGCUGACCUGGCGAGUGUGCGAUGCUCCUGGGUUGAUGUCACCUUGAAUCAGACUACCUAUAAACACACUGUUGAGAUUUCUGCAAAUAAGAGAGAAGUGAGAAAUUUGUGUGACAACUAUCCAGUUACAAAAUAUCCGAAUUACUAUUAUGAUUAUUCUGUCCUGGGAUCACCAGUUUUCACAAAUGGGAAACAUUACUGGGAGGUAGAUGUAUCCAAAAAAAGUUCCUGGAUUCUGGGGGUGUGUGGGGAAAACCAUUGUCAAAGAAUUGUAGAGAAGUUUGCCUUGAGAGUUGAUAAACUCACUUUUAAACAAGAUUUUUAUGCUGGAUUACAGCCUGCAUGUAACAUGUGGGCUAUAGGGUUACAGAAUCGAUCAGAGUAUCUUGCUUUUGAGGAAAUUUACUCCCAUUAUCCCAAAAUUUUGUCUUUUUCCAUGACCGUCCCUCCCAGUCGUGUUGGGGUUUUCCUUGACUAUGAGGCGGGCACUGUCUCCUUUUACAAUGUCACAAACCACGGGUCACGCAUCUAUGAAUACUCCAAGUGUUGCUUUCCUAAGAGAAUUUGUCCAUAUUUGAAUCCUCUGAAUUGUACAUUCCCCAUGACUAUUUGUGAACGAGGCCCUUGAGCCUUCUUGAGCCCUCAUGCACUUCCCUGGAGUGCCUUUUGCCUUGGGGGCAUCUAAGGCACUGGGCUUAUUUCCAGCAUUCUGACACCUUUUCCUUGCUGCCUCCUUUCUUUUGCAUUUUGACAUCCUUUAUUUGUCAACAGGGUGUAUCACUUACCCUGUGUCAUAUUUUUCCUAAAUAUCAUGCACGUUAGGAGAGACUCUUAAUUUAUUAAUUUCUAUAUUCCCAAGGGAAAAUGAGGCCUCCUGACCUCUGUCAAAUGUUUGCAAUCUCAUUUUCUCUGCCACUGACUGAGAAAAUGAAGGAGUUAAGUAGAAAAUAUCAUAAAUGAUAUGUACUAAGAGAAGAAGUCGUGUCCAGAGUGUUUAUAUUCAAGUCCUGUCACUCCACAUACCAGCAGUUUAACCUGGAACAACAUAUAUAAAAGCUGUGUUAAUUUUCUCUCCUUUUUUAAAUUUUUUUUUAUUUUAUACAUUUUUUACAUCAUUUUUCAUUUUUGCACAAUGUAUGCAUUUUCUUCUUGGUUAUAGUCUCUAUAUAAUUCCCACCACCAUUGUUUGAUCCUAACACCUCCAUCCCCCCUCUGUAGUGUAUCUCUGGUUUAUAGUUGCUUGUUGAUUUUCUUAAGCUAAUCUUGGUUCAAAAAAACAACUGCCCCACAUUGUGAGAAAUGAAAUUGUUACAGAGUGUGACCUUCGUAAAAAUGGAGGUUCUGUGUCCCCUGCAUCACCUAAUGAAGGGCAGAGCUAGUGGGGAGGAGAAGCUGAAGAAAACUGGGAGGAGACCCCCAAAGGGGAGAUUGGAGGAAGCACGUGGAGCAGAGACACGUGAAGGAGGCCUGCUCGCUUCUCAGCUUUGGACUUGCACCGUGGACUUGGGGGACAUGGAAGGACCCUGGAAACUGAGACACGGAGAGACACUUGGGAGAGGGGUGGGGGGACCUGAUUUAGCUAUUUUUCUUCCAGACUUGCUCACCACCUGAUGCCUAUUUUCUGUGGUUUCUUGCCAGAAGGUGCCUUAGACUUCUGGCAAGCUUUUGGGCUUCAGUGGCCUGCUUUGGGCCAAUCCUGUUUGACUGGACACUUACCUUCCAGGAGAUGAAUAACUUGGGGUGUUUUAUGGAAAACUGUUAACUCUGUCUUUGCCCUAUGCACAGUAUCCUAUUAAUUUUUUUACACUAAGAAUGUAUUAGUUUUCUUUCAACAGGGUUACUUUAGCUUUAUUUUAAGAAAUAGAACUUGAUUAAACAUUACAUGCUCUGAAUUUCAGCUAAUUAUGAAAUAAAUGGUUCU